UUAUUGUCGAAUAAGCUUUUGACAUAACACUUUAUAACCUAAAAUAAAUUAUACUCUAGUACGAAUCAUAAAAUUUACUAUUUUUGAACAAAAAAUGUAUUCCUUGUACAAAAUAACCACAGUAGCCGUUCGCGCUCCACAAAUACCAAAUAUAUUACCACGUUCAUUAAACUUACGCAAAAAGCUGGCUCUUCGAACGUUGUGUACAAACAAGGGUAUUACAGAAGACACUCAAAAUGCUAUUGUUGAAAAGGAAACAACAGUGGCGAGUGGUGCAAGUGCAAAAAGUGGGUUUGCACUAGCUUUUGAAAAGCACACAGAGGCGGCUACUAAUAAACCUGAAGAAGUUGUUGACGAUGAAACGUUUGCUGCAUUGUUAAGAAAAUCAAAAUUCAUAGACCUAGGGGAUCCCGAGGGCAAGAUUGUCAGCGGAAAGAUCUUUCACGUUGUUGGUGAUGAUUUAUACAUAGAUUUUGGCUGGAAGUUUCAUUGUGUAUGCACACGUCCGGCACGCAACGGCGAGGACUAUGUACGUGGAGCACGAGUGAGGUUACGCAUUAAAGAUUUGGAACUCUCAACAAAAUUUUUGGGUUCUGAAAAGGAUUUGACUAUUUUAGAAGCCGACUGUCAUUUGCUUGGUCUGUUAUCGUCCCCAGCAAGGCAAAGCACAAAGUCGGUUAAUGUGAAUUAAAAACAAAAUGUAUUUGCAUCAAAUAUAUUCAUAAUAAUAUGGUAUACAAAUAAAGUUUACUAGUUAAUGAUAAAACUUGUAUUAUAACAAUUAAAUACGUCAACUAUA